AUGAUAUCAACAAAAGUAAACAGUAGUAAGUGGUUAAGCGACGAAACAUCGGAAGAGGAAGAACUCUUUAGACAUUCGCGGGAGAUGGAAGCGGUUUGUUUCGCGAUAACCAAAGUGAUAUCGGAAUGUGAUAAUAAAUGGAGAUGUACCCCUGGGGGUAAUAUACCGCAUUCAUUGAAUCGUAGCUAUAUUAUGGAAUUAGUUAAUUUACAGGUGCUAGAACAAAUAAUUGAUUAUCUGACAAAAUUAGUGAAAUCCUUCUACAAACUAAAUCCAAAGUUGGCGAGAUUAAAAAAGGAGAACGAUUUGUUAAUAAGCAAACAUGAUCAUAUAUUUAACAGACUGUGUGGCUGUCGGUUUACAAUGUUACAAUCAAUUUAUAGUCUUAUUGGAACUAUACUGAAUACCUGCCUCCAUAGGGAAGACUCUCGGAAACUUCUCGAAUCAUGUUUGCGGUUAGUAGAAAUCUACAAUAACUUAAUGGGUUUAAGUUAUAAAAAGUUUACAUCUAAGUUCAAUUCGUGCAGUAACACCUAUCCUCAAGCAGUAAGCGCUACAAAAGCAAUAACUUUAACUAAAAUUGUUCAGUUCUUGUCAAAGAGUCGCGCCGAAGUAAACUGUCACCGUUUAAUUAACUGUUUAGUUAAAUUGUAUAGUCCAGGAGUUAAUGUUGAUAUUGAAUCCAAUUCCAGCACGGCUGAUAGCUUAGAAAUAUAUCAUACGCUAACUAAACAUAUAACACCACCAACGUCGUCUGCAUCUCGUCAAAUGAGUGUCGCAGAAAAACGAGAGGCGUUCAUAGAUAGUAAGAAAUCAAAGAUGAAACAAGUACAGAGUAUGGUGGAGAAGAUAAACGGACAUCGGAAACUGAGCGAUGUUAUAAGUCAACAUUCUGAUGGGGAUAUUCCUUACACCUCACUGUUAACUAAUGAAUGUGUUUUGGAUACUGUCUUAAAAAAUGAAGAAAAUGUAAACAGUAUUCUACAAAGUGAAGAGAUUUAUAUAGAAAUAUUACUAGACACUGUUGCUAAUAUUGCUCCAAAACUGCUCGGACCUAGCGGUGUAAAAAAACUUAAAACUGGUCGAAUACAAGUGAGUAAGAAAGCCGCACAUAAAGUAACUGAGUACUAUCAAAACAUCCUUUGGGGUGAUGUCGGCAGCUGUUUGGAACACAUUAUUCUCUGGUGGUCCAAAUACCCUUUGGGCACGAGAUCACCGAAUACAAGUCAAAACCUUCGUCAAUGGUUAUUUACAACUUUCAAUGUUAAUAACACUCCGGAGUUGAUAUUGUCCGCUUUAAGGAUAUUGGCCGAUGCGUUGGGAUGUCAUGUUACUACAACGUCUUGGGAUAGACAUUUUGGAGCAACGUUUACAACAAAUUUGAAGCCAACGUCUUUGAAAAUAUAUCCCGAGUUGUCAAUAUAUAUUACAGAGAGUACAAUAUCUGGUGCAAAUUUCGCGUUAAUGCUUCAAGAUUUGGUAACUCUCAACAAUCAAUGCGAGGUGACCUGGGACCACAUUCUGGGGGCGCCCAUUGAAGAUUUACCUAUCGUCGAACAGAUUCCUAUCCUACACAGACUUGAUCACUCGAUCCACACAUACAGACUGUGGUGUCUAGCGGAGACCAGACGUCUCGCCAAUCUCUGGCAAAUGGACGAUUUCUUCCGAAUCACUCUCAAGGACAUGCAAGUCUGCUUGGAACAGUUGGCUAACUUACGCUUUGCGGAUCACACGACUUCUAUAGAAGCAGAAAAUAUUGGAGUUCAUGAAAAAGUAAGCGCAAACAUGAGAGAAAAAUUAGUUUCCGAAAUCAAAGUCAACAUACAGAAACUUAAAGACGCGAGUGAGGAGAUAACAGAAGUGCUAUCAUCAGUAUGUACGACCACCAGUCUCGCACAUCUCACUAUGAUAUUCCCAACCAACGCGGAGUGGCGCCGCAUCUCACAUCCGCUACCUGAGUUCUCUAUCUACGUGCAAGAGUUCUUAGAUACAAUGUUGUUGCCAGUUAUAAAAGCAACGGAUGACGUAACAUCUCUCAACUUGAUAUUGAGAAUUAUGUGCGAAUCCUGGCUACAUCACAUAUACGUCGCUAAAGUUAAGUUCACUAAAGAGGCUGCUCUUCAACUUUUGUCUGAUUUUGACGAAGUCCGCGUGUGGCUGAACGAGUGCAGACAACUACCUGCGACCUGCAGGAAACAAAUGUUACAAAAUGAGGUUUUAAGGAGAUGUGAAGGUGUGGGCAGACUUCUGCUGCACGCGCCCGGUGACUUGAUAUCAAUGCAGGAGUCCACGAUGCAGUCCGCUAAGAAUGUUCGCAAAGAUGAAAGUGACACCCCGGAGCAGCUGAUGCCUGCAGAAAUGUAUGUACCCAACCAGAAGCAGUGGCUCACAUUACGAGCUAAGAACUUCAAAGGACCCAUCGCCUUCACACUUUGUUGUUAAUGUUGAACAAUAUUUACUCGUAUUUAUUUCCAGAAAUUUCAAUUAUCAAAUC